GUCAAAAUAUGGCGUUUUCCGAUCAGCCGAUUGCGAAAUAACCCAUGCAAAGCACCUACCAGCCACUCAUACACUUUGUCAGCAUGGCAACAACAUCAACUCGUCGUUACAGUCUCUCUUUUGUCAAUGUAUGGGCUCUUCGUGCUGGAGUAUCCGUAUUCGCAUCACAAGAAGCAACUUCUUCUCCAUCCGGCUCCAUUCUGCAUCACCCUUCAACGCUCCUUCGCGAUAAGGCUAGUCGCUUUUUUCACACCGUGGGAGCCGAGCCACUCCAAGCGACAAGCGAUGGCUGGCGGUGUGAACAACACGUCCCACGACAAAUGAGAACGCAGCGCCCGAAACCCAAACGGCCGGCUACACCUUCUCGAACAACGGGCAUGGGCCGGCUACCUAGUCUUACUCUUGUGCUAUCUCGGCCUCUCGUGAUGACUGUCCCUGCUAAUUGGACCCCUGGAUCUCGACGACUAUACCCCAAUCGCCCUCUUGCAGCUGGACAUUUACCCAAAGACCUGCCCACAACCUGCAUAAGCGUCGCUCAACCCAUGGACAGGGCCUCUUCCGAUUAGCUGGAGGAUUGGACGGUCCUGGUGUGCCAAAGGGAACAUUCUUUCAAUAACGGCCGCUUCAAUGGGGGGCAUGCCGUUCCUGCACGCACGCGACAAAAUU